AAUAGCUGUAUACUGAGAGCACUGAUCUUUACAUAUUUUUAUGGCAUUUCACUAUGAUCCAUAAAAUAAUUACAUCAGGGCAUGGGUUCUUUGUGGCCUCUUCCCUCGUCUAGGGGCUGUGACUCUGCAGAGAAGCAUCUCCAGUGUGUGUGGUGCCAUGCACACUGCAAGGCUGCUGAUGUACACACCAGCCACGUGAGCUUCCCUAAAUUCUGGCUAUUGUAUGGAGAAAUUAUUUUCUCUGAAUAACAAGCUGUUCUAGAGCUGAAGCUGCUCACGUUUCUAGAAAGAGGUUCUGGCAGUCUGUGCAGGAUGACCGCGUCCCUGAGCUCUACCUUAACAGAAGCCACUCGAAGCUCAGGUUACUCUGUAAGCACCUGGAGCCGGUGGCAGCUCCUGUUUACACUGGCUGACCAGAAAAUGGCCUGCAGCCAACCCGUUAUUUUCACACAGGUCCCUAAACAGCACGGGAAAGCACCGUCCCUCAGCAGCAGCUCAAGGAGUGUGCUUGCAGUGAUGACAGAGCCUCUCCCCGGGGUUUCUCCAGAGCCAUGGGAGGCAAUUGUAAGAUUCUGUGGGGUUUUUUUUGAAUGUUCAGGAGUUGCAAUACCCAGGUACGGUUUGGCAUGGGAAAGCAACAAGCUACAGCUAUUGUUUAUGAAGCAGCAUUAGUGUAUUCUGGACAGCACAGGCUCAGUGGAAAAUACAGUCCCUGUUUCAGGUUGCUUUUAAGCUCGCUCUGUUUCAGAUUAAAUAGUUCAGAUGUGUAACGAAUGGGAUGAAAUCGAUGGCAGAGGAUACAUGGUAUAGGAAGCUAAAGAAAUCCAUUUCCACGAAUACUCAAUAUUGCUCAAGUGUCCUUGCCAGUACUACAGUCCAGAUUUCAGAAAGCACUAAUCUGCAAAGCUGGAUGUUACCGUGUCAGCCAACCAGUAAACAUUAAUGCAGUGCUUUGGUAUCAUCACAGCUCCUGUGAACACACCAUACUGAAAUGAAUCUGGCUGGGUCAGCCCACUUCCAUCAGCCCCCAGGUUGGGUUUAUUAAACUGGAACACAGCAGACACACAGUUUCUGUAGGUAACACUGAGAGUCACCUACAUGUGACUUUCCUCAUUUCACAACCCACACUCCUACCCCUAAAACUACACAUCCUUUACCCGCAGAACCAUUACCUCACAGCCUUUUAUUUCCUUUUCUUUCAGACUGAAUCUAUUAAGCUACUUAAAAAAAAAAAAAACCAAAACAUUCCCUAGCACACUGUUACAGUCUUAUCUCCGGUUGUAGUACCAGGAAGGUGUGCUGGGGCCAAAUCAGGCGCAAUGGAAUUCGCCGUGGGGAAACCCGCUGAUGACAGUGGAACCCGCCCGUAGGUGAAUUCCCGUGGCUCCUGCCGCCCCUUUAUAAGCAGGUGGAGGUGAGGCAGGGCUGGCAGGACAGGCAGGCAGCAGCUGAGCGCUCAGUGGAGCACGGCAGUGUGUGUGGAGUGGGAAUGGCUGGCUUUAGCAGCAAGAGCACCGUCCUGGUCUCCCUGCUGGGGCUCCUGACGCUGCUCCUGUGCAGCCCCUCUGAAGCAUACAGCAACCACGAUUGCUGCCUGUCUUACACCAAAGUGCGCCUGCCUCGCUGGGCCCUGAAGGGUUACACUGAGCAGCUCUCCAGUGAAGUCUGUGACAUCCCUGCCAUCAUCUUCCACACCAUCGGUGGGCUGAAUGCCUGUGUAAAUCCUAAGGAAGGCUGGGUGAAGAAGCAUCUUCUUUUCCUCAGCCACAAGCUCAAGAGGAUGUCAGUCUGAUAUUAUUCCCAGCAAGGAGCCAAAAAACAAGUACAUGGCUGAAGAACCACCAGGUUCAAGCUCUUGGUGGAGAUUGUGUUGUACACUGUUGUGUGCUUACCCUCCUCUAACUCAGGCUUCUUUGGAACCGUUGAGCCUCUCCAGUUGAUUCAUAUUGCAUCGCUGGUUUGCUUGCAUUAAGCAUUUUGUUACAGUUUCUAUUUUUACUAAUAAGUGCACUAAUAUAUAACAUGGUAUUAUUUAGUAAAGAUUGCAUUAAGCUGUUGUACAGUAUGAAUUUUAUUAGGUUCGUUGCACGUUGGUUUUGUUUUGUUCCGUGUGUGUAAAGUGGGUUAUUUAUUCUGUUUAUUUUAUUACUGUCUGGUGCCAAAAUGUUUCCUUUUGGCUGUAGUUAGCAUUAUAAUAUUUCUCGAGCUAUUGUUAAACAAAGUCUGCCCGUGGGAAAAAAAAAAAAAUGGAAAUUGCAGCUUAAAAAAAAAUAAAUGUUAAA